AGUAAAGUGAAGCCCGUUAUCACGUUAACAUGUUAUCAGUCCUGCACGUCAACUUGACUAUCAUUUAGCAGCCCUGUGGCUGAAGCCUGAUGGUGGUGAUGAUGACAGUCAUAUAUGUACGUCACGACUACCGUAUUGUCAAAAUAAAGGCACAUUUUUGGACAUGACAGCUGUCAAACAACUAGAAUUCAUCAUCCCUUUUGACAGCGCCACAUAACCAUUACUCGUGAGCUUAGUGUGCGACAUUGUUUUUAUACGACAACUUCUAUGUAGGGAGGCCUAUGAACGACUUUUUACAGUAUCAAAAUCCUGCUUCAGAUUAUGCAGUUCAGUUCCUCUACAGCUCUGUCUGAGUACGUGUCUCAACCCUUUUUUAUUUCAGACUGACUAUGUUUCCUUUUCAUAAUAGUCAAUUGUAGCAAAUUGAGCUAUCUGCAUACUGAGGAGAAUUUUCUACCUGACUUUUAUUGCAAAAUAGCAAGGAGCUUCCGGGAGUUUCAUGACAGGUCAAGCGUGUGUGAUAUUUCCACGCUGUUGCAUCGGGAUUGACAGGGAUUCUUAACGGCUACGCUUCAGGUGGAAGCAAAGUUAUAGUUACAAUUUACAGUUGACAGAAGAUGUCUAACAAUCUGGAUAAGAAGUCAUGCAAGCCAUACGAUUCAAUCCACAGUGAUGUAAAGGAAUACUAUGGCAAGAGACUGCAGAGUAGCUCCGACCUGAAGACCAAUGCCUGUGUCCCCUCUGCCAAGCCUAUUCCUGCCUACGUCAGAAAAGCAUUAGCAGGGGUCCACCCUGACGUCACAGCCAGGUACUAUGGCUGUGGCCUGGUGGUCCCAGAGAGCAUGGAGGCUUCCCGGGUCCUGGACCUGGGCUGUGGGAGCGGACGGGACUGCUACAUGCUGAGCCAGCUGGUGGGAGAGACAGGCCACAUCACAGGGAUCGACAUGACCGAGGAUCAGCUUGCAGUGGCUCGCAAGUACAUAGAUUACCACAUGCAGAAGUUUGGCUAUAAAAAGCCCAAUGUGGACUUUGUUCAAGGAUACAUCGAGGCUCUGCAGGAGGCUGGCCUGCAGGAAGGCUUCUACGACGUCAUUAUAUCAAACUGUGUGGUUAAUCUCUCCCCGGACAAGACAAAGGUUUUGAGGGAGGCUUAUCGUGUGCUGAAGGAUGGAGGGGAGCUAUACUUCAGUGAUGUGUACAGCAGCAGCAGACUGCCUGAAGACGUGAUGUCUCAUAAAGUGUUGUGGGGGGAGUGUCUAGGUGGAGCGCUGUGGUGGGAAGACCUCAUUCAAUUGGCUCACGACGUGGGCUUCAGCACACCCCGACUGGUCACUGCCAGUGUCAUCACUGUGGAGAAUCCAGAACUGGAGAAACUGCUGGAUGGUUAUAAAUUUGUCUCAGCCACGUACCGCCUCUUCAGAGUGCCAAAACCUUCUUCUGAAGAGAAAUGCUUGGUCAUAUAUGACGGGGGCAUCACAGGUUCAGAGGAAACUCUGGAGUUUGAUGCUCAACAUACUUUCAAGGUGGAUGAGGUGAUGGAGGUGAGUGCAGAGCUGGCCAACAUCCUGAGGUGCUCCAGGUUCGCCUCGGAGUUCACCUUCCAGCCUCCCGGAGCUCCCAGCAGCCCCUGCUGUGCCAAGCCUCAGGCUGUGUCCUCGAAUCCUUUUGAACUGAUGGAGCAGCUAGGGAGUGCAACCCUCUCUCCGAACACAGGGGGGUGCUGUGGCGCACAAGAGUCAUGCUGCAAGUGAGAGACCGCAGUGGGAUUGAAGAGGGGAGACAGCAAAAUCACUUGAUUUCACUGUUAUUAAUUUUACGUACCAUGCUGAAAUCAAAACUUUGAGAUUUCUGAUACGAAAUUAUAUUUUGAUGACUUUAACCAACCUGGCAUCAGUUUUAGAAAGUAUAAGUUAUGGAAUGUUCAUAUGUCUACCAAAAGGCUACACCAAGGCAUCAUGAUGGACGGUCAACUUGCUGCAGUUUGCCAGAUAGAUGACACCCAGGCAGAACAUCGUGUUCUUACAGACUGCUCAAGCAGUAGUUAGUUGUAGAGCAGUGAACCUCAAGGGUCUCGGGGAGUUGACAUGAGGCUCCUUGCCACCAUGAUCAUGGAAAUGCUGAAAGAAAUCAUUGGAAACGGGCAUUCCCUUUUCCAGAUCAGGAAAUGUUUUGGAAAAAUGACUAAACAUCGGCAAAAAACGGCCAUGUCUCUAAACAUGAUUUGUUUGUAGGCUAAAGGAAUAUGUCAGAGUGCUUGCACUUGCUACCUUUGGAAUUGAGUGGGAUGCAAUUAGCAUGCAUCUGUUGCAUUGUCAGAAAUUCUGAACAAUUAAUGUAAAAAUGACAUAUUUUUGAUUUAAUUUAAAAAGCCUUGUUUUUAACAACCCACUGUAACAUUUCAAUCUAAUCAGUGCUAGUCAAAUAACCAUGUAAAGACAGGUGCCCUGUCUGUUAAAUCAGUUGCUCUUUUUCUGAGCGCUGCCGUUUAGUCCUGUAAAUGAGUCUCAGUAUGUAGCAGAAGCCAAUCAAGCUGUAAUCUAUAUUGACAGGAGGUAACUAUUGGGGCUAUUAAGAGCAAGUAUGGUGUCUAAGAUGUAUCUCAAUUGCCUGACUGUUUUGCUAAUAAAUCUGUAUAUUUGUAA